GGAUCAACACAAACGCCGCUUGACUCAGAACAGCGAAGGACUCAGAGCCGGAGAACCAGCUGCAGCCAGUUCAUAUCAUAAGAAGAUUUAGACACAUUAAAUACUGUGAGAUGAUUAUGUAGCUGUAGUUUCCAAGUUGCUCAUGUCGCCGGCGCUGAUUUAAGUAAAGAAGUCCUGGUAACAUUCACCUGGAAAACCCCGUAACUCGGGGUUGAACACGUCACCCCUUUUCCCUGCCAGAACCAGUUGGGCAAGGAGCAAAUAUGGAGAGCCUGCACUCCCACUGCCUUAAAUGCAUCAACAGAAGGUGCAUGGUGAGACCAGAGGCCGGUGUUUGCUGUGACCUCAUCGGCUGUCCUCUAGUCUGUGGGGCAGUUUUUCACUCAUGCAAACUAGAGGAACACCGUUUACUGUGUCCAUAUGAACGGCUGCCAUGCCUUAACAGUGGAUUUGGCUGCCCAUUCACUAUUGCAAGGAUUAAGAUGGCACAACACCUUGAGAUCUGCCCAGCAAGUAUCGUAUGUUGCACUAUGGAGUGGAACCGCUGGCCUGUGAGCUACGCUGAUCGCAAGUCCUAUGAAAACUUGAGCAAAGACUUUGAUGAGGUGGAGCAGCUAGACAUGGCUUUGGCCCUGCAGGAUCAGAGGAUGUUGUUAGAGUCACUGAAGGUCACGACCACAGUGUCAAAGAAUGGAGAUAAAGAAGCGGAUGAAAGUGACAAAAUGGCUACAGCUUCAAGUCUACCAGAGACAGUGUUGGGUAAUGUAACAGUGGAAAUGGAAGAGGAGCCCUAUAAUGGGUUGUACAGAGCCUCAGUUGAGACGAGCAGAAGUUUAGCAGCGGCUUUGGACAUCCUCACUAAUUCAAAGGAUAUCGAUGUAAUUGUUGGAAAUUUAAACGGGGAAAAGACUGAUAAGAAUGGAGCACUACACAAUGGGGAAAAUGGUGAUAGUCAGAAUGUUUAUGCUGCUGAAGGUGGGAAGAAUGUGGACAUGCAGGAGAGUGACUCUGAUUCAGAGUGUGAGCUUGGAGCGGUCGGUGGAGUGGACUGUGCAGUCGGGACAGAUGGAGAAGAAGAUGGUAUUAGCUGGGCAGAAGAAAAUGAUUUUGUAGAGCUGCUCUUUGAAGAGAAGGAAGACAUUAUCGAGGAGCCAAUAAAUGAUUCCAACCUUGUCUGGCCAGAGAUGCCUCAGAAUUACAUGCCUGUUGUAGCACUGGAACCUCCUGUGCCUCAGCAAGCACCAGUUCCACAUCCAAUGCCAUUCCUGCUGUCUGAUCAUGUGAGAAAUAACUUCUUACAACACUUACCUACUGAACUCAGGUAUCGGUGUUUGGAGCGUAAACUACAGAAUGUAGAAGUGCUCAGAGGAAUAAGUAUGUUUACAUUUAACGGACGUCGGGCUCUGCUGUCAGACCCUUACUUGUUUCGAGCAAAGAUGGAGGACAAGGCAGUAGACACAUCUGACCUGGAAGUAGCAGAUGACCCCAUGGGCCUCCAUGGCAUUGAUCUCAUCACUGCAGCUCUGCUCUUUUGCCUCGGCGACUCUCCAGGAGGCAGAGGAAUCUCAGACAGCAGGUUUGUUGAUGGCUACCACAUCGACUUUGGUACUCAGACAUUCUCCUUUCCUUCAGCCAUUCUUGCAACCAACACCAUGGUGGGAGACAUCGCUUCGGCCUCAGCCUGCGAUCAUGCCAGCCCACAGCUCUCCAAUCCAAGCCCCUUCCACACUCUCAGGCUGGACCUGGUGCUCGAAUGUGUAGCUAGAUACCAAACAAAGCAGCGCUCCAUGUUCACAUUUGUGUGCGGGCAGCUGUUCCGGCGGGAUGAGUUCUCGUCUCAUUUCAAGAACGUUCACGGAGAUAUUCAUGCCGGACUCAACGGCUGGAUGGAGCAGCGCUGCCCCCUGGCCUACUAUGGCUGCACCUACUCCCAAAGACGAUUCUGCCCGUCUGUACAGGGCUUCAGAAUCAUCCAUGACAGACACCUUGGCUCGUUUGGAGUUCAGCCCGGUUUGCCCUUAAGAAAUGGGGAGAACUACCCAAGAAGAAACUUCCGCUAUGGCCCAAGGACUGAUCAGUUCAGCAGCCUACCUUUUGAGGUGUUGCAACAUGUAGCAAGCUUCCUGGACAGCUUUAGCUUGUGCCAACUGUCCAGAGUGUCCCGCACCAUGAGGGAUGUGUGUGCUAGUUUGCUCCAGAUGCGUGGCAUGGUCGUCCUGCUGUGGGAGAAGAAACGGCGUGCUGAUGGGUCUCCAUCAUGGCAGAUCACAGACAAGGUGUGGCGAUUCAGCACAGCUUUCGGUACAGUGAACGAGUGGAAGUUUGCCAACAUCGCCAGCAUGGCCGACCACCUCAAGAAGUGCAAGUUCAAUACAAUCUCUCGUCGGGAAGAGGCAAUCCCCCUGCCAUGCAUGUGUUUCACCAGGGAGCUCACAAAAGAGGGAAGGUGUUUACGCUCAGUUCUCAAACCAGUAGCAUAAAGUGACUUUGAAAGAUGAAGUCAUCUUUUGGACUUUUUUUGAGACCAUUAGAACUCAAAUACACAUGUAUUUCCUCCAGUGUUUACAGACAUUAGUCUCCUCCAGCCUCAAAAUGAUAACUCCUGGUUGAACAUUAUAAACUGUUGGUUGUUUUCUUCACAAUGGAAAUAAUCUUCACUCCCCUAAAUAAGACAAAGCCAGUAGCGGGCCGAUUUAUCCUUCAGCGGAUGCUGAUGUGCUGCAAUUACAGAUCGGCAGAUUAAAUUGUUUGCUUUGUAUCUUCCACUCUGAUGGAUUUAUGAAUACCAGUGUGCUGACAUUGUAGCCGUAUCUACUCUGACAUUGUGUAAAUAACCAGAUGUUUUGAUGUAGAUUUUUUUUUAUUUUUAUAUCAAAAAGUCAGUACUGUGCUACAAUGGAAGUAAGAGUACAGCCUUAACUUAUGAUGAACUUGAUUUUAUAGUCAUGAGGUUGUUCAGAACAUCUCAGUGAGAUUUCUUUGCUGCUUCCAGCUGGAACAGUUUACUGGUAUCUUGCACGGUUUUAUAUCUUAUCCUGAUACCUAGAGUGACCACUUGUGCUGCUUAAAGCUCAUAGACCCGCUUUACACCUGGUAUUAACAUGCGUCCUAGGUGACUGGAUCACAAGUAGACAGCUUCAAGUACAGGUGUGAAUGCACCAAAUGCGUCCUUACUGCAUCUUGAUCUUGAUCACUCUAGAGGUGGUUUGGGCUGCAUAUGGCCACAUUCUCUCAGCAGUGCAAAUGCUAACGUGUCCGCAGUUACACUGAACGACUGCCUACUCAGCUGACAUCCUUGCUUAUCUCACGCUGCACCUGAUAAGAAAGCUUUAGUUGGUGCAGUUGCACGGACGCAGAACUCAAGGACCGUCCCUGGAGCCACUCCACUUCCUUAUUAGCGCAAUCAAACAGCAGCAGCUGUUCAACAGUCCCAACAAAUUCAAACUGACAGUAAAAAGGCUCAACUCUGUCACCAAGUUGGUUAGUAACCGAUGGGUAACGUCACUGUAUGUGUGGUCAUGCAGAACCCUUUCAGCUUUCCCUAGCAUGGAGCUCAAACUACUGCAGCAGUAAUCUGCUAGCUACGCAUGCCUCAUGAGAAACAGAGAAAGGGAAGAAAGCAAGGGCUGUCAACACUAUUAAAUAAGAUUUUACUAAUUUGAAAUAGUAGAGACUGUAAGUGUGUGUUUAGCACGACUAACCUCCCAUGGGUUUAAAAGAACAGCACUUUUCAGUCUUUGCAAGCGGAAAUGAUUCACAUGUUUAUUUGCAUAUAGAGCAGGGAAGAGAGCUCCAAUCACAAGCGGCCACUCGGGGUGCAUGUGGAGAUACAUUGUAAUACCAGGUGUGAAUAGACAGACAGAGCUGUUCACACAUGUGAUAGGAUCAACAGAGACGCACGAUAAUCCCAGGUGUAAAUAGGCUCAUAGAUUUCAUGGCUUUAAUUAUACAUUUUAAGACUGACCAAACAUCGGUGGUAAUGUAUGCCACUUUACAGGAUGGUCAUACUGUAUUCACUGUGGGGUUUCUGUUAACCAGCAUAAGUAUGUCACCAUCAUCAUGUUAAGUGUUUAAAUGUAGUGUGGGUUGGCAUGUUAAAGCAGUAACAAAGGUGGUCCAUCUUGCUUUUAUCUCACCUCUGACUAAUGCGCUGGCAUGUUAGUCAGGUGGGAGAUGAUGUAACAGUGUUCACUGGCCACAUGGCAGUACGUUCUCAGCUGCAGUUGGCUUGUGGUUUGCCCGUUCUACCAGCUACUUUUAACCAGCAAUUGUUUAAAGGUUUCAUAAAAAGAUCUAAAUGUAGCAUCUAAAAUGAUGAAUGUACUCAGCGAAUAUAAGAAUCCAUCAGUGACUGUGGUCAGCUCGGUUUGCCUCCCUCAGUGUCAGACCUCAUAAAACCCUGCAGGCCAGGUGUUCAGAUAUAUAACGGGCACACGCUUCCCUCCAGUAAUGAGCAUCACUAAUUAUAUUCGUACGCAUUAUUUAUCACAUGUUUUUGUCACUACAUGUCCACUGUGUUCAGAUGUUGUUGGCGUCUCAGGGUUGUAGCAUUAAGCUUUGUGUCACAGUAGGUUGUGUGUAGUUGACGAAAUUGCUGAGAACGACAUGACGACUUGUCGGCAACUUGAUUAUUGUGGGGUCUUAGACAAACUGACUGGUGUACCGCUCAGUAUUAUAAUAACAUAACAGUGUGUGUUGCAGUGCUGGACUAAUAAAUUACAUGUUUGUCACCCAAUGGUGUCAUGUUUAUAACCGAGUAACUGAAAUAGGCUGUCGGCACAAAUGCUGCUUGAUUGUUCUUUGGAGUGAUCAGACACCUUUUGAAUUAGAUUUCUAGGUUGGAUUAAGAAAUAAGGUCUAGCAACACAUGCACAUGAGAUUUUACUCACUUAUAUGAGAAAGUCACAAUGUUGUGUAAUGUGGAUUUUGGUUGAAAAUGUCACAGAAAAGUAACUAAUUCCUUUGAGGAAUUUGUGUGAUUUUGUUUUUAUAUUUUCUGAUAUAAAGCCCAAGUGAUAACGUAACUAAGCUGUCUUUUUACUCUGACAAGUCCCAAUCCAUGUUUGGUUCUUUUCUUAUUUUUUUGUACUGGUACUUUUAUUUUGAAGAAAAAAAAGGAUCUGCCUCUGUAAUGUCUAGAUUUGUAUUUGAAUUAUUGAUUUGCACAUGAAGGCAUGUACUGUAAAAGCUGAAUUAUAAUGCCGAGGGGCUGUCUUUGCUCAAGUAGCAGGAAUUUUUAUUCCCUCACGUUCUGCAUGUGAGUUUGAUGUCUUUUGGAAAUGUUCGGUCAGUCCAGUUGCAAACUCAUUCAUACAGAUUAUUUCUCAGGCACAGUACAUCGAUUUUCUAUAACCUGUUACAUAUUUAAAGCUUGUGUCAUAAUGAACUUAUCACAUGUCCUGAUUCUUCAGGUUUAGUGGGUGGAGUUGAAUUAAUUAAAUCAGUCUUUUGCUCUAUUGAGGUUCAUAAACAUUAAGAUAAAUGUAUUUCCUCUGUGUUUUCAGUGAUAUAGUCUUCACAGGCACCUGGAGUGUAUCAACACUUUUGACAUUUUAAGUUUUGUUCUCACUCCUGCUGACGUGUGUUUUUCACCACGAUAUGCCAGCUUCAUUUGUUUGACCUUUGAAGCAUUUUAAUAAAGAGGCUCUUGGUUUUUAAA